AUGGUACAAGCAGCAGAAGGUUUGCCUGUGCUUCGCGGUUGCCGAACGUUUUUAUUCGAUUGUGAUGGUGUCCUCUGGAGUUCCGAUUGCUUGUUAUCGGGUGCAAAAGAACUGAUUGAGUACCUGAUUGGGACCAAAAGAAAUGUCUUCCUAAUCACUAACAACAGCACGAAAUCCGCUGAACAGUAUGUGAGCAAGUGCCAAAAACUAGGACUCCCGGUUUCUGCGACCAAUAUAGUCUGCUCGGCUCACAUUGCGGCUGACUACCUGUCCAGGCAUGGAUUCAAAGGUCCUGUUUAUGUGCUUGGCGAGGCUGGUAUGGGGUUGGAACUCGAUAAACUUGGUAUCACGCACUUUGGAAUUGGUGUAAGUAUUCUCCGGACGACUCACCUGACGGGAACCCCAACAAGUUACAUUUGUAAAGGCGUGCCGUUUAUCGCCACCAACGAGGACGCGCAACUCCCGGUCACGAACGAACGGAGGAUACCCCAAAGAGGCCGGCAGCCCUCUGCGUCAGCGGUGCUACUGCUACCAGGUACCCCCUACACUCCACUGUCCAUUUGUGUAUGUAUCUAA